AUGAAAAUAUUAAGUUGGAACCUCCAAGGAUUAGGGAAUCCUUGGACGGUGCGUGCUCUUAAAUUCGUUAUUUCGAAUAAUUCCCCGGAUGUAUUCUUUUUAAUGGAGACAAAAUUAAUUAAUAGUGAAUUUGUUGGUAUUCGUAGAAUGUUUACUUCUUUUGAGUCUUUUAUUGUUGAUUCUGAUGGUCGCGGAGGUGGUCUAGCCUUGUUCUGGAAUAAGAACUUGAAUUUUCAAGUUGGCAGCUUCUCUCAAAACCAUAUAGAUUUCUCAAUUGUGGAUGAUGCAAUCAACUUUCAGUGGAAAGGCAUGGGGAUGUACGGAUGGUCAGAGACGGGUAAUAAGUUUCGAACUUGUGAGCUCAUGAGACAGUUUUGUUCAAACGAGAAUGUACCGUUACUCUUAUUUGGUGACUUCAAUCUGUUUCUUUUCAAUUCUGAGAAACAAGGAGGUCCGGUUAGAGAUCAGAGGGAGCUUCAGUUAUUUCGGAAUGCUAUUAACGAAUGUGGUGUUGCUGAUUUGGGGUUCAUUGGAUCGGCAUUUACGCGGUCGAAUAGAAGAGCAGUUGCAAAUAAUGUGCAGGUUCGGCUUGAUCGUUUUCUAGCUGACUCUCAGUGGCAAGAUAGAUAUGUUACAUGGCAAGUUUCUCACCUCGCUCGUUAUAAAUCUGAUCACUGCCCUAUCGUUCUAUCUACUAAGGUGGAUACAAUUGGUAAAGUUGCAAAGCCAUUCCGCUUUGAACAAAUGUGGAUGAGGCAUGAUAGUUUUGAUGACACAGUUAGCUUGGCGUUGGAAAAUGGGAGAUUUCAUAACUCUGAUAUAAUGGCCAGAUUUAAGGGGUUGGGGGUUAAUUUGAAGGGUUGGGCUUUUCAUAAUAUUGGGAGUGUCAGAUACAAUAUUAAACAGAAAACGGAGCUGCUGAAAUCUCACCAAUGCCAGGUAGGGGACGAAAUAGACAAGGCUGUUGCUGCUCUCCAGGAAGAAAUCGAUGAACUUCUUCUUAAAGAAGAUAUUUUAUGGAAGCAACGGUCUCGAGCUGAUUGGUUGCAAGCUGGGGAUCGGAACACAAAAUUUUUCCAUCAAAAAGCGUCAAACCGCAAGAAAAACAACAACAUUCAUAGGCUACGAGAUGACUCAGGUGUGUGGCAAUAUGGCGAAGAUAUUAAGGGAGUGGUUGUCAACUACUUUCAUGAGUUGUUUUCUUCGGGUAAUCCUACAGAUCAGGAGAGAGUGACAGACUGCCCGGAUGCUUUUCUUUCCGCUGAUCAGAUUCAUGUGUUGCAACAGCCGUUUUUGGCAGAGGAAGUUCAGCUAGCUCUCAAGAAAAUGGGCCCUUCGAAGGCUCCAGGGCCAGAUGGUCUACCUGUAAUUGUUUACAAAUCAUAUUGGCAGAUUGUUGGCGACGAUGUGACUCAAUGUGUUCUGAGGUUUUUAGAGAAUGGAAUUAUGCCCGACAAGUUGAAUCAUACGUUUAUAACAUUGAUCCCCAAAGUGACAGUGCCUGAAUCUAUGAAAGAUAUGAGACCGAUUAGCCUAUGUAACGUCAUAUACAAGCUAAUCUCUAAAGUGCUAGCUAAUAGACUGAAGCGGGUUUUAUCGUCAGUUGUUCAUGAGUCCCAAAGUGCUUUCAUCCCAGGUCGGUUGAUUACUGAUAAUGCGUUGGUAGCGUUCGAAAUGUUCCAUUCCAUGAGGAAAAGAUUAGUUGGAAAGCCGGGAACAAUUGCGCUCAAACUCGACAUGAGUAAAGCGUACGACCGAGUAGAGUGGAGUUUUUUAGAAGGGCGUGGACUUCGUCAGGGGGACCCAAUUUCACCAUACUUGUUUCUGCUGUGUACGGAAGGGUUUUCAGCGUUGCUUAGGAAAGGUGCUGCAGAGGGUCGGUUAACGGGUAGUAGUGUUUGCCGAGGAGGGCCGCGAAUUAAUCAUCUUUUCUUUGCUGAUGAUAGCAUCCUAUUUGCCCGUGCGACGAUGCGUGAAUGUCAGUCCCUUAAAGAUGCAAUCAGCUUAUAUGAAGCUGCGUCCGGUCAGAUUGUCAAUUUUGACAAGUCUGAACUGCUUUUCAGUGCAGGUGUGCCGGAAAGGAACCGAAGGGAAAUUCAGCAUGUUUUAGGUGUGCAGAGUUCUAUUUCGAUAUUUUGGUGGAACGGGGUUGAUGAUAAGCGGAAGAUUGCUUGGGUUAGCUGGGACAAUAUUUGCAAGGCAAAGAAAUUUGGUGGGUUGGGAUUUAGAAAUCUUCGAGCAUUUAACUUGGCCAUUGUGAACGUCAAGAGCGAUAACUGGAUCGUUUCUUCUCAUAAUAUGAAACCUGUGGCUGUUUCUAAUAUUUCAGAUGAUUGCACUGUGAGUUUUUUCAUUGAUAAAAAUAUGGCUUGUUGGGAUCAUGAUAAGGUUAAUCAACAUUUCUCCCCUACUGAUGCGAAAAAUAUUCUUCAAAUCCCGGUUAGUAAGCGCUUACCUCCGGAUAAGCUUUUCUGGCCGCUCACUAAGAAUGGCAUAUAUUCAGUGAGAUCCGGGUAUUAUAGGGCUAUGGACAUGCUUCGGAGACCACAGGUGCCGAUCACGACCGUUUGUCCCAGGUGUAAUGUUGCGGAUGAGACCAUUCUCCAUUGUUUCAAAGACUGUGAGGUGGUUCGUGGGUUAUGGCUUAUCUCCCCAAUUAAUCUGCGUGUAGACAGAUUUAGUUGUAAUUCUGCUGUUGAGUGGCUGAGAAUGAUGUUCACUUCGCUGAAGCCGGAGGAUUUGCAGAUCUUUGUGUUGAGUCUAUGGCUUGUGUGGGUUGAUAGAAACAAUUUGGUGUUUGGUAAUAAUCGGGCUCCACCCAUGCAGCUGUUUAAGGGUAUCCAGAGUAUGAUGUUCACCAAUGCAGGUCAGAAUCAAAGCAAUGAUUUGAGUUCUAACCCGCCGGAGAAAGCCUGGGUCCCUCCUCCUACUCAUGUUCUUAAGGUGAAUUCAAAUGCAGCUGUUUCAGUAGAGCGAAAGCUUUCGGUGGCCAGCGCGGUGUGUAGAGAUUCGACGGGAGCAGUGUUGAGAUGUGGUGUUUCAGUUUUGCAUGGUAUUCUGAAUGCAGAAAUUGCUGAAGCUUAUGCAGUUAGGCUUGGCCUCAAGUUGUCUGCAUCUCUUGGCUAUUCCAAGCUGAUUUGUGAAUCGGAUGCAGCGUUGGUCGUCCACAGGCUGAAGAAAGGAGUUGAUGGCGAAGCGAUAGACAAUGUGCAGCUCAUUAUUGAUGACUGCAUUAUGAACUGCAAUGGUAGAGAUGUUUGCUUUAGACAUAUUGCUAGAUCUUGUAACCAAGUGGCUCACUCUCUUGCGAAAUGGGGAGUCUUCUUUGGUAAAGAUUGUACUUUCGACGGAAUCGUUCCUUUUCCGGUUUGUGAACUUGUUUCCUCUAGUUCAUAG